AACAAACUGUAACAAACUUUUACGUCCAUAAACUGUGUUCAUUAUUUAAAGUGUUUGUUAAAUAUUAAAUAGUUAUAAUGGAUUUAGAGAAGAUGUCCAACGAGAAUAAAUUGGAUCUGUGCAAGUGGUAUUUCAAGGUUGGAUUUGUUUUCCUUCCAUUCAUCUGGGCUGUGAAUGCUAUAUGGUUUUUCAAUGAGGCAUUCAGGAAACCAGCAUAUGAUGAACAGAAGCAAAUACGAAAAUAUGUUAUAUUUUCUGGUAUAGGGGCAAUAUUAUGGGGGCUCGUCUUGACAGCUUGGAUAAUCACAUUUCAAGUGAACCGUGUGGCCUGGGGACAAUUUGCUGAUGAUCUUUCAUUCAUAAUACCAUUGGGUUCUUAAUUUAUUCUUUUUUUUUUUAAUGUAAAAUUUUGUAUUUAAAUAUCGUUUCUGACAAAUAAUAA